AUGUCCGGUAUUCACGAAUAUUUUAAAAAGAAUCCUACGAAUUGGAACUUUAUUGACUUUCUAAACGAGUGCGAUACUGAACCGUUUGAUGCAAAGGUAGACAAAUAUACAAAAGGUCUCGAGAAAAUCGCUAACAAUCAACAAGGAGAAAGGACUGAAAGAGCACAAUUGCUUCUCAUCUGUUUUAAAAAGGCAAGUGAAAAUUUAAUUUUUAUUGAAUCAAUGAAAAAGUGGUGUGAACGGAGGCUUUCUAGGUUGCCGGUCAUUCAAGUAAAUGGAGUUGGAAAUAUAACUAGUAAAGUUCCCGGGUUAGGGUUAGGGUUAGAAGGACAACAAGAAGCCUAUUUUCAAGGUGAUUUUCAAUACAAAAUGUGUACCAAAAAAAAAGAGAUCGACCAGAGGGCGAGUAUAAAAAUCAAACAAAAAGGACGAAAACAGACUUGA